AUGGUCCACCUGAUUCCCCUCCCAGCCGACGCCGACUCCGAGCUCGUUGCCGACAGGUACUACGCCACCAUCUUUCGACUGCAUGGGACGCCUUCCGCCAUCGUUUCCGAUCGCGAUCCCAAGUUCACCUCGCAGUUUUGGCGAGCAUUGCAGGCGAAGGUCGGCACCGUCUUGCGGAUGUCAACAGCGGCGCACCCAGAGACCGACGGAUCGAGUGAGAACCGAAUCAAGAUGGUCACCCAAACCCUGCGCAUCAUGGUGUCGUCAAACCACGAGGCUUGGGCAUCUCGUCUUGUUGAAGCUGAGUUCGCUCUUAACUCUUCCGUUGCGGUUUCCACGUCUCUGUCGGCUUUCGAGGCGACUUACGGUUACCUUCCUCGACGCUGGCCCACCGAUUCCUGGUCUGUCUCGGACGUCCCGCGUGCGGAAGCGUUUGCCCGAAUCCGACAGUUACGGAAUCUCGACGUCACGGAUGCGAUCAUUGGUGCACGCCUCGAUCAGACUCACCAGGCCAACAAGCAUCGACGCCCGGAUGAUCCCGCCUUUCGGACCGGCAGUUAUGUCUAUCUUUCGACCAAGAACCUGGCAGUUCCUGAAGGGAUGAAGUCGAAGUUGUUGCCGCGCUACAUUGGUCCUUUCCGUAUCCGAGCGGCCAUUCCAGCGACGUCCAGUUACGACCUCGAGCUUCCCCCAGCAAUGUCGCGAGUGCACAGUCGCUUCCAUGCUCGACUGCUUCGCCCCUAUGUUGAGAACGAUGCUGAGAGGUUCCCUGGGCGUGACCCCGCAGUUCUUUUUGUUGAAGAUGUAGCCGACGCGGCCGACAACUCCGCCAUUCCGGAACGGAUUGUUCGCGAUCGUCGGAACGCUCGGGGCAAUCGUUCGUUCUUGGUUCGAUGGAUUGGCCGUAAGGACAUCGAUGACACUUGGAUGUCAGAGCAGUCCCUCCGCUUCGACCAUCCAUCCCUACUCGACGCCUACCUGGCACAACUCGAUCGCUCAAAUCGCCGCCUGUCCUCCCGGUAG